GCUAGAAGUAUGCUGAUUUUACAGCUGAUGGAGUAAACAAAACAAGCGGGUGGUGGAAGGACUAGAUCUAGCAGACUAUUAUGGCAUCAUUUGAGAAUUAAGAGUGUUUGUGGCUUGUGAUCUGAACUGCCUUUAUGUAUAACGUCUGAUAAGAGGGAUAUUAAUCGUCGAAAAUGGAAGUUAAGGUCCUCUCCAAGGUAGACGAAGCCAUUCUGCAUUUGAUGAGCACCACCUCAAUCACAAUAGAGAACUCCUACCGCAGGUCAACCAAUGGAUCGGAGAAAAAAAUAGUUUUUAAGACGCCAUGGGUCUUUCGUGCACUCCCUGUAUUAGCCUCUUUUGAUAUAACGAGUAUUAGCAAACUGAACAUAUACUUGCGCUCCAAUGCAGAGACCUUCGUCAAUCUUGGAACUGGAACGAUCGCCCAAGCCAUCUGGAAUGAGAUGCCGAGUGAAAUAAAGGUGGUCAAAUUCAUGAUCAUAACUCUCAGCUCUCGACCUGAACUGACCAUAGCACAAAUCCUAGCAAUUGUUGACCGCGACCAUGAAAUGCCUACAAGACUUCCAGACAAGAUUAGUGUUCUUGAUUUUCUACGGCGAUAUCCAGACUUCUUUGUAGAGCUUGAAAACGAGACUUUCACAACUAAUGUAAAAACCGUUUGUUCAUUUCAAUAUGACGCCACACGUCUAUCCAAAGUGGACAAUCUCAUUGUCAUGGAAUAUAUCCAAAGAUUCGUCAAUCAAAAUGGACUGAAAUCCGUAUACGUCACACUGAAAGGUAUUCAGUCUUAUCUUCGACACUUCAGUUACGAAGUUAGUUUAGAGGCGUUGCAAAAUUUUGUGGACCAAUUUUUUAACAUUACCCCACGUUUCGACGAAGAAUCGGCCAAAAUGAUUGUGGUAGACCCUGAACCAAUUGAACCAAUGGUGGAUGAUUCUGAAACAACAACAUCAACAACAACCGUGUUGGAGUUUCUCGGGCCGGUUUUUGAGGAUGUCGAAUCCGUGGAUGCCGUGGAGGAAACCGUACAAGCCGCAAUGGAGCCCUCUGAUGCACGGGAUGAUUCAGUCUCCAAUUUGUCAGAUCAACCAUCAGAUGCUGAACCUGAAUGUGUAGUGAAACUCCGACAGAUUUUUGAAAACUGUCCGAUUGGCAUAUGCGAAGUUCGAAAACAAUUGCAGGCUCAGGGGAUUCAAAUAAGCAAGAAAGUGUUGAGGCUGACAAUCGAGACCCAUUUUCCUGAAUUCAAAAUCGGAGAAAGCGGAACGAUCCUGACGAAGGAGUUACAAUAUGCGAAGAUGGUGGAGAGAAUUCUGAAAAAUGAUUGUCCUAUAAACUUGGGGGAUAUCAGAAAGGCGCUCGACUCUCAAGGGACCAUUUUGAAUAACGUGGUCCUAAGAUCAGUGAUUGACGGCCAUCUCCCCAAAUACUCGAUUACUGAUGGAUGGGUCGAUCUCGCUAAAGUUCCGACUCCUCGAGCAAGUGCUAAUGAUCUUCCUUUACCUCGUGAAAUGAGGAUGGUUCAGGCCAUGUUGAAGGUCAAAUGUCCAAUCCACGUGGCUGAAGUCAUAGGCCGAAUGGAAAAGCAAGGUGUGGAUAUUUGUAAAACCAAAUUGAGGAAGGAGUUACGGGCCCAUCUCCCUGAAUUCACGAUUAUCAAAACCUUCAUUGUCCGAACUCAAAUCCAAAGCCAGGUGAUGACUCAGGUCAAAGAGACAGAGAAAGGCAAUGAAAAUCUGAAGAAACUAGAGAGUAUUCUGAAGAAGAGUUGCCCAAUAAAUUUGAGUAAAAUUCGUGAGCAACUAAGAGCAACCGGAAUAUCCAUGAGCAAUCUGAAUUUAAGGUCUACUAUCGAGAAGAACCUGCCCGAUUUUAAAACCACCGACAAUGGUAUCGUGAUGUCAGUCAAAGCAGACAAAAUCAACGCGGUUCAAAGCAUUUUGAAUGAAAGCUGUCCAAUCAAUAUGGGUCAAGUUCGAGCCGAAUUGAAAGUGCAAGGAAUUCAGAUGAACAAUAUAAAUCUGAGAAAAAUAUUGGCAGACUAUCUUCCCGAGUUUCAGAUUGGCAAUGGUGGCAUGAUUUUUCGGUUUGAUGACGCUUGUCGCAAAGCCCUCGAAUCCAUUGCUAAAAGAGGAUGUGCUCUGGGAGUCCAUGACAUUUUGACCGAGUUGAGUGCCAAGGGAAUAAGGAUGAGUGAAGCCAAUUUAAGAUAUGUAGCCAAGGGUUUCCUCCUUGAUUUGAAUAUUAAAGCCGAUGAUGAAGCCGUGGACUAUUUUGAGAAAGAUAUCCUGGCCAGUGACGAAAGCCAGAACUCGAGUGAUGUUGAGGAAACUCAAUCCGAAGCCGACUACUCCGAUGAUGAAUCGAGUGGGGAUGAAUUCACCAACCAUCUCCUCUCCUCAAUUCCAAAAGUUCAUCUUCAACUUAUCCAAACCAUCUUAGACGAAAAGUGUCCUAUUUCUAUAACUGAAAUCCGAAUGGAAUUGAUAUCUCAUUCCAUUUCAUUGAGUCGAUCGUUCCUACGUGACCUUAUUGUAAUGGAAAUCAGCGACUGCUUCAUUGUUGAAGGUUUCGUCUAUCUGCCCACUUCAAUCUCAGCUGAAGGCAGUUUCAUGGCGAAUGUCGUCUUAGAGGCCCUCCGUUCGAUUAUGCAAAACGAAUGGUCUCAUUCAAUUGACAAUUUGGUCCAUAUUUUGUCGACCAAAAGCAUUGAAAUAACACAAAAUAAGCUGGAGCGGAUGAUCUCGGAAUUCUCGUACAAAUACAAGUGCCAAGACGGUUUUGUGAGUCAGGUGAUAAAAGGUCCUAAACACGUGAUGGAUCCGGAAUCUUUAGAAGAAAUCGUCGAAUGCUUGAAAUCAUUGGAUGUCGACGACAACAACUCGUUGAAAGUUGCGAAUGAAAAGCGCCUUUUUAAGAAAAGAUUUUUGGAAGACAUUUUAGGCAACAACGAUGUCUACUGUCUACUCAAAAGCCUGAUCGUUACUGAAGAAGGGAUCGGUUUUGUCAAUCCCCCAGAAGCCCAAGCUACACAAAUCAGAGACCUUGACGAGCCGAAGUUCGAACCAAUAGCCCAAUUACCACCGAUAAUCAAAGAGCUUAAGGAGCCAUCCCCUGAACCAGGAAUCCAAUUAGCCCAAUUAAGACCACCUCUGGAGACCAAUCCGGAACUAAAUGCCCAAUCCUCUCAUAUCGAUGAGCCACAUCCCAAACCACUUACCCAACCAGCAUUUAUAGAGGAAACAAAGAUGGCCAAUGUAGCAGAGGACCCUUUAUUUUUGUCAUCAGCCUUGGAGCUUGAAGUUCCGGCAAAUGAAGACAUCGAAACAGCCGAGGAAGUUAUUCCAAACCUCCUUCCGCCAAGCUCCAGAAGUGCUGAUCUUGACCAACUCAGACGCAAGUUACCUCAAUGGGAUAUUUUCUUGGAUGAAGCCCUUGAUAUGACCGAAGAUGGGGAGGGACCGUCAAACUCGGAUGACUUGACUCCAGGCAGAGCAAAUUUACCAGAUCUCCCAACCUCGACGCCCAUCAAUCCGAUCGGGAAUGGGCCCCAUUUGGUGGCGAAAUUGACAUCUUCGAUUGCCAAGCUCGAGACCAAGGAGAAGAAAAAAGACGAUUGUAUCCUAUCUUGAACCAAAUUUGUAAUCGGUACCUCAAUUUGGUCCUGCGUCAUUCAAAAUAUACUUUUGAAGGCUUUAAAGAAAAACAUCAUGAACAAAUACAUCAAACGAACAAAGUUGAUUCGAAAAUCAAUUCGACAAAAUGGCACUGGCCCUCUCUGGAUAUCUUAAAGCAAGCCUUUGGUUGCGUUGAUCAUGGUAUAUGGAUAGAAAAUCAUGGUAUCCCAGAACACACUUCCAAUUUCAAUGGUUUUUGCUCCAAAAUCUUCCCUCUUUGUUUCUGUUUAAAAGUUGUAUCGACGAAUGCUUAUAUGCAACUGACACAGGGGUGGGUCACUUGUUUUGGAUAAAGCGAACAAUUCAGAAGAUGCCUAAUACUCAUAUCCGUCUUGAGUCCAUUUCUCCAGUUGUUGGCCGAGGAUAUUUCUUUGAAAUCUUUCAAAGCACUCCUCUUGUCGCUUUUGUUCUAUGAAUGGUGGGCAAGCUGAUUUUCCAGCGGUUGAGCGACAAAGUAAAUAAAGUAAAGAGAGUAAAUGUUUGUUGUGUACUCAGUAUUACCCUUGUAACGGCUUAUUAAAAGCUCUGUCCAAGGCCAAGCCCAUCCCAUCAUUGAGUUGCUCCCAACCUGCCCAAUGGCUACACUCCAGGACUACAGCUCUCAAGGGGCUUCGGGCAUCUCCGUUAUGUCCUCCAACUUCACGCCAUCUGGCGUCCAAGGCAACAACGAAAUAUACACUCUCCUCAAAUGUCUGAUCAUUUCCGAAGACGGAAUAGGCUUGGUCAAUGAGUCGGAUCCUCGUUAAGAAAGCUCUUCAACCCCAUUAAAAGAUGCUUCAGAGCCAAACCUUGGAAGUGAAAACCAAUCACCAGUUUUCAAGGAGUUGACAAAACCACAACCACAUCCUCAAAUAAGAUUUCUUCGUUUCCAAGAUUUUGAGAGGGCACAGAUCUCCGCAGCAAAAGGAAGAACCUCUUGUUUGCUAUCAUGAGUCUUGAAUCAAUCCAUCAAACCCAAGACCAUGGCCAAAAUAUGUUCACUUAACUCUGUGAAGUAAGAGGAACAGGACCAACUUGCCCGAAUUUGUUCCUACAUUGGAAAAAGUGUUACUGAACUCGAUCAUCAGGCGCAAAGACUUGCAAACAGUCAUUGAAAGUCAAGAACCAAUGGAUUUGCGAGAGAACCAAACCAAAAUGUGGUUAAAUUGGCGCAAAGACGAAGAGAACCCAAACUGAUCAAAGUUCUCAAUCUGUUAUGUCUUGAGCAUCCUUGGAUAUGUGUAAAUCUAAGAGUUAUUUGAUUUAUUUGAGUCCCUCUGAUUACUCGCAAUUUCCGAUUUGAUGUGGCAUAUUUUUGAAAACCAACCGACGAGGAGCAUUGGUGUUAGUAGGUCCAAAACCAAAAUUAUGACGAUAAUAUAACCUCUUGGCAUUAAAAUAAUAAAGAAUGAAUCUCGAUGCAAACCAUAAUACCAUCCUGGUCGAAGUUCAGUAACACAGGGAGAGUAUUUCCAAUUUCAGA